GUCGUCGUGUCUAACACCUCACAGACUUUAGUUACGAACAGAAGUCUUUUUGUAUUCUGAAAUAUCAAGGACAAUUUUAGGCGUAGGUUUGGGUCAUUUUGACUGCGUAGAGGCUAUUAUCAAGUUUCUUUAAUGACAUAUGCUAAUAGAGAUGAGGGCGGACUGGAUGGAAGAACCUCCGGGCAAAAUUUAAUUAUGUUAUAAGAGCUUCUCUGUCUUAGUAUUAGUUGCGGCAAUUUGGAUUUUUAUAAGAAUUUUGCGCGUAAAAGUUCUUUAUACAAUUCUUUUAAUAAGUUAAAAAUAUUUCUUUUUUUUUCUUAAAAUAUUUAUAAUCUUAUUGAAAAUUGAAUAAUCGGUAUAAUCUCCGUUUGUCAAAUAGUAUUUUUUUUUUCUUUAAAAUAACGUUAAAAUACUUUAUGAAAGUUUAAACGUCGUUUUAAAUUUCGUCUCACGUAAAAUAAACUUCGUAAAGUGUUCGGGAAAAUCCGGAUCUAGUCGGAAAUGGUUCGUUAGAGCGCGAGCGAGAAGAGCCGCUCGUACACUGAGAUAACUUGCUUUCUUGGAUACAGUCGCGUACAGACAAUGGCUUAGCCCGUUUACUUUAGUCUGCGACUGUUUACAGUUUGGAUUAUCGAUCGACAACACAAUAAAUGGUCGUUUAUCUUAACGCUUCACCGAACUCGUGUGGGUUUGCAGGAAUGUUGACUUUUCCUGUGUCAUCCGAAUGCAAUCAUCUGCUCAUCUCGCUCGCUGUCUAUCUAGUUACGGUAGUUAUCGAUAGUAUAACGUGGCUGUAAAUGUACAAAUUACCUGCUAUAAUAUGUCAUUAAGAUAACAGUUUUUAAACCGACCGGUGCCGUGUUUAUCAUCUCAAAAUCCGAAUGACUCCGAACAUGGAUGAUACUGCCAACGUUACUAGGAGAAGAAGAGCGACAGUCAAUGAAAUCAUUUGGGAUUUUGGUCGAAGGCUUUUGGAAUCGGAUACCAAAUCUUUAAAUUCAUUAACAUCUGGGCAUUCGAGACGAUCCUCUGAUACCAGUCAGGUAUCGGUUACUUCAGGGACAAGCAUACAUAGCAAUGGUCAAGAAGACGAGACAGAAGAUGUUUGGAUUAUGUGGGGAAGAAUUGCCAAUGAAUGGGAUACAUAUAUCAAAAAGAAGAGUUCAUAUGUUAAGGAAAUGGUACGUAAAGGUAUUCCUCAGCAUUUUCGUAGCAUCAUCUGGCAACUAUUAUGUAAUGCUCAAACAUGCUCUGCUAAAGAUUUAUAUGCAGAUUACAUGAAAAAUGUAUCUCCAUGUGAGAAGGUGAUCUUGAGGGACAUUGCUCGUACUUAUCCUGAACACGAGUACUUUAGAGAGAAAAAUGGUCCGGGUCAAGAGAGCCUGUUUAAUGUUAUGAAAGCUUAUUCCUUAUAUGAUAGUGAAGUUGGAUAUUGUCAAGGAAGUGCUUUUAUUGUUGGCUUGCUUCUCCUUCAGAUGCCAGAAGAGGAAGCUUUUACAGUUUUUGUAAGAUUAAUGCAAGAUUAUAAAUUAAGGGACAUGUAUAAACCAAGUAUGGCAGAAUUGGGUUUAAGCAUGUAUCAACUUGAAUGUAUUUUGCAAGAACAAAAUACAGAAUUAUAUAGACAUUUUCAAAAUCAGAGUUUUCACACGUCAAUGUAUGCAUCAUCAUGGUUCCUUACACUAUUUACCUCCACGCUUCCAUUGUCACUAGCAUCAAGGGUGAUGGAUUUAUUUCUUUCUGAGGGAAUGGAAAUGAUAUUUAGAAUUGCUGUAGCUAUUCUUCAGUUUUGUAAAGAAGAUCUAUUGCAACUUGAUAUGGAAGGAAUGCUUAAGUACUUUCAAAAGGAAAUGCCUGCUAAAUGUGAAAUUGAUCCAGAUUUUCUUAUUAAUUUGGCCCUUCAAGUGAAGUUUAAUGGAAAGAAAUUAAAAAAAAUGGAGAAAGAAUACACUCUAUUAAAAGUAAAAGAGCAAGAAGAAAUGGUUGAAUUAAGGAGAUUAAGAACUGAAAAUAAAAUAUUAAGGCAAAGAAUAGAAAAUCUUGAGCAGGAAAGUUCAGCAUUGGCAGACAAACUCAUUCAGGGUCAGGUGAGUCGAGCUCAAGAGGCCGAAGACAAUUUUACUAUUAAACGAGAACUAGUUCUUCUGAAGCAACAAGAGCUUGAUGUUCAACAAAAAUUAGAAGAAGCGAAGAAAGAAAUAAAACAUUUAAAUGAGAUAAAUUCCCAACCUCCCUCUUUAGAUGAAGAAACAGAGAGACUAGUUCAGUCUCUACAGGAUGAAUUGGUUGCAGUGAAGUUGAAAGAAGCCGAAACUCAAGAAACAAUGAAAGAAAUAAAACAGAGAAUACAGGAAUUAGAAGAAACAAAUAAGCAGCUUCGUGAAAUGAAACCGGAUAAUGAUAUUGCAAAUCUUCAAGAAGAGCUAAUUGUUGUUAAACUGAGGGAAGCCGAAGCUAAAUUAUUUGUAAAGGAACUACGACAAAAGGUGGCAGAUCUCAAGGCCAUGUGGGAGAAACAUUUGGAGGAAUCCCAAGCUGAUGCCAGCAAUAAUAAGAAAAAGGAUAAGACAACAGUGUCUCAACUUCAAGAAGAACUCAUGUCAGCCAAGUUAUCUGAGACAGAAGCAGUGGCAGAAUUAAAGGAACUUAGGCAAAAAGUCAUGGAACUUGAAACACAAAAUCAAGUUAGUUUAAAUCAAAUCAGAAGACAAGCUGAACAAAUCCAAAAUUUACAACAAAGAGCUGAACAAAAAGAAGAAAGGGAAAGAGAAUUGCAACAUCUCUUACAAGAAGAGAAAAGAAGACUUACUGACAUAGAAUCAAAGGAGAAGGAACAGCAAAUGAUGUCACGAAUAAGAGAAGUGGAACAAGAACAAAUAAUUGCAGAAAUGAGACAAAAAAUAUCUGCAUUAGAAAUAAAGAAUCAAGAAAUCAUGACUGCUAGACAGCUACGAGGAGGUGUAGAGAAUGACGAAGUAAAAGAAUUACAAGAUCGCAUUGUCGAACUUCAGGGAGAGGCAAGAUAUACUAUAACAAGAUUAGAAAACCUGAAUAAGCAAUUGACUUCGGCCAUUGCCUACAACACAUAUCAGAAUGAUGGCAUGACUUCCGGCAGCAAUGAAAAUAGAGGAAACAACUCCAUCAACAGACUGACGAAUUUAUUAGACAAUCAUCUAAUAUAUAGCAGAAAUAACGGUACAGGUGACGAUGUAACAAAUGAACAUUUACUAUUACAACUCAAUCAGAAAGGACUAAUUAAAACUGUUAAUGGAGAAGUGUAAUAACGAUACACGUAGUUUUUUAAGGGGAUUAAUGUACUAUACUGUUUGCUUCCAAUCAAAUAGCUUUGCUCGAAUGCCCUUGGUAACAACAAAACUCAAAAACUGUAGCAUUUGUUACAUAAGUAUAAGUCGUAUGACAGCUACAUCCGUCCAUCUACAGUGUAUCUGCUUUGUGAUAUUGAAACUUUUGAAAGGGACCAAUUAAUAAUUUUACUGUUACACUGUUUAAAAAUUUUUGUUCUCUGAUUUUAAUUUUUCAGAAAUCUAGAAACACAGAGCAAAAAUUAAAAUAAGUAAUUGUAUCUGAAAUAUGUAAUUGUGUGGAGAGAGAAUUUAUCAAAAAUUAUCAUUAAUGCUGAAAGCAAUAAUUUUUAAGUGUGUAAUAUAUGCAUAUUCUAUGCAAGAUCGUGAAUUUGUUUUUAGAUAAAUGCUUAAUACCAUUGUUUUUAAAUAUACUUAAUUAUUUGCAUAAAAAUUAUUCUAAUAUAAAAGCAAUAUUUAAUUAUAAAACAGUAACUUAAGUUGUGAGUUUAAUUUUUUUUUUUUUUUUGGUAGCUAUCGGGUACUCAUUUAGGCAGACUUUCUUAAUUUUGAAGGUAAAAGGCUGCCUUGUGGCAUACAAUUCAUACAGUGUCCACAGAAAUUUAGCUUUUUGCAAUAAUUUGUGAUCCAAUAAUUUUGAAUGCAAUAUAAAAGGCUGUGCAGUGUUAAAAUUUCAGUUUAGGAGAUGGAAUUUGUUACAUUAUUUUAUUCUAAUAUAUA